UAUAAAUGUACGUUAAGGCAGCACAGGUCCACCCGGUGGUGCUGUGAUAUUGAGAGGUCAUACAUUUUCGAAAAACAAAGAAAACAAAACAGGAAGCCAGGAUGUCUGAAGAGCUGUCCCUCAACAUAAACAUCAAGGAGCCGAGAUGGGACCAAGGCACAUUUAUGGGACGCGCCAAGCACUUCUUCAUGGUCACAGAUCCGAGGACCGUCCUGCUGUCCUCUGAGACUCUGGAAGAGUCCAGAGUCAUCAUGGAGAACUACAGAGCCGGGAUUGUUAAGCCUGGCCUGACGGAGGACGAGCUCUGGAGAGCCAAGUACAUCUACGACUCCGCCUUCCACCCCGACACAGGGGAGAAGAUGUUUGUGAUCGGCCGAAUGUCUGCUCAGGUGCCAAUGAACAUGUCGAUCACAGGCUGCAUGCUCACCUUCUACAGGACUACUCCGGCUGUGGUGUUCUGGCAGUGGGUUAACCAGUCCUUCAACGCUGUCGUCAACUACACCAACCGCAGUGGAGAUGCCCCCAUCACUGUGAAUCAGCUUGGUGCAGCCUACAUCAGUGCUACGACUGGAGCUGUAGUCACUGCCCUGGGACUCAAGUCUCUGGCCUCGCGUCUCCCUCCAAUUGCCAGCCGGUUUGUUCCCUUUGCUGCUGUUGCUGCUGCUAACUGUAUCAACAUUCCCUUCAUGAGACAGAGGGAGUUGAAGUUUGGCAUCCCUGUGAUGGAUGAGAAUGGAAACAGGUUAGGAGAGUCCCCUAAUGCUGCCAAGCAGGCCAUUAUGCAGGUGGUGGUGUCAAGGAUUGGCAUGGCGGUGCCUGCAAUGGCCAUUCCCCCGGUUAUAAUGAAUGCUUUGGAGAAGAGAGCUUUCAUGAAGCGGUUCCCUAUUCUAAACGCUCCGGUCCAGGUGGGACUCGUCGGUCUGUGCCUGGUGUUUGCGACUCCUCUGUGCUGCGCCCUCUUCCCACAGAAAAGCUCUAUGAGUGUGAGCGGGCUGGAAGCAGAUCUGCAGGAGAGGAUACGACAGAGCAGUCCCGGCACCACCACCGUCUUCUUCAACAAGGGCCUGUAGGACCAGCCGACACAUGAGACAUGCAGAUACUCAUACAUAUACACACAAGUCUGUUCUGUCCUGUGGGCACAAGUGGGAGGGCAAAACAAAAUGUAUUUAUCCUUUUUUUUUUGUUGUUGUUGUGUCUACUGCUGCAUUUGUUAUUUUGAUUUAACUGCAUCGAGCUGCUCCAAGCGUAACAGUGGAGGGGCAGGGCUUUGAUUGCCGAGGAUUAACUGAAGGGAAAUACAAAACACUUUGAGAAGAAAGGUCACUCACACUUCUCUGUGUACAUAGAAGGCACUCCUUAGCAAAGAAAACUGACCCCUGAUUUUUUAUAGAAAAAUGUGUUGUGAUGUCUUUUCUGUCUUCCUUUGGUCGAAACUGCACACAGGGGUGGCAGUUCAUUAAGUUACUGAUUUGUGUUUAACUCACCAAUAUAUAAUGUUACAUUCAGGUUCACACAAGUUUUAUGUCCUCUGGUAAAUUAUUCCUAACUCCAGUUUAAAAAUGAAGGCCUGUACUUGUAAGUUGUGUAUGUAAUUGCUUCUGAAUGUCACAGUCUUUCUUUUGCCUUGUCUUGCCCUCAUUUAGAUAUUUUCAAAUUCUUGCCUGGUCAGCGUUUCAGAAGUCUCAAGUAAUGAUUGAAGUUAUUACACGCUGACUAUAAUGUGUUGAAAUUCUCGCCAGCAAUUAAUUUCCACCUAUUAGUUCAACCAUGAAGUUCAACUGGAAAAACCAGCGGGUUAAUAAGCUCUGAAUAGUCCAACCCUUGAUGAGUAAGUUCCUCUUUUGUUGUACUCCUCGUUUCUCCGGUGCAGCUUCUUUCUUUCUUCAGCUCUCCUUUAAGUGUACUUAUCUCCCUUCAUAUUCAUAGACCAGGAAAUUAGGUGCUAGGUGCUAGGUACAACGUGGCGAAGAUUAUUUUUUAGAAAUUGUACUGCAAAAGUUCACAAAGCACAGCCAUCACAUUUUUAUUAACAAGAAUAUGUACUGUUUAUGUACUGUUUGUCAAGGCCUUUUAAUCACUUUAUGAACUUGUGCAGUUGCUAUCUAUACUGGCAUAUUAAUUAUUUGUUUGAUUGUUGUAGGUGGUGGUGCUUGUUUGGUGGUUGUCAGGUGGAAGAAUAUGCUUUGUACAUGUUGCUACGAAGAAAUGAUCUGAGUUUUGCCAUUUGUUUUGAAUUAUAGUCAUGCGGACAACAAUGUAUUUCUGCUGUCGUGUGAAAACUUUGUAACUCUGAUUUUGUUGUCCACACUUGAACUAAAGGAUUGCAUAAGGAGGUUAAAAGAAGUCAAAACUCUAAUUUCAGUUCCUUAAAGUUGGAGAUGCAGGGUUUUUAUGUGCAACACCUGUGGCUAUCUGCAAAACCGCCGUUUGCACUGAUGUCCCAUUGUACCAAAUGAAAGUAGCUAAUGUUGCGUGACAAAGUCAGAAUACUAAAAGAUUAUUUCAGUGGGUAACUGUGUGCACAGUCUUUGUUGUUGCUUUGUUAAAGUGGACAGUUUGGCUGAGUUUGAUCAAAUCAGACACGUGACUGCUUGGUGUUGUUAGAUAGUGAUGAUGGUGUAUGUGAGGAAAUAUCAGAUAAAUCUAUCUCAGUGUCGUCUGUCUGGAUUAUGCAAGAAUAAUUAUAUUUUUCAUGUAUAUAUUUAUAAAUAUAUAUACAUAUAUAUAUAUAUAUACUGUAUAUGAUUGACAAUAUAUGGAGCACAUAUGCAUGAGGAAUUUAAGAGAUUUUAACUACAAGGUGUGCCUCCGUUAGUGAAUCCACCAGGUGGUCCCACAUAUGCAUCGGAAAACAAUGUGAGCUGCUCGUACUCCAGAAGCACAGAGUGGACCUUUAGGGCUAGAGAUUAGAGGAAUGGUCCUCUAGUGGGAUUUAACUUGAUACAGUGAACACAGUCACAUUGUUAGUACCAACUAUGAUUCAAUGUUUGUGUAGAGUGAUGUUUUGUGUAUGUUUGUCAAAGAAAACUAUUGUACAGGCUACACAUUCAUUCACCUCCAUAAAGCAUCUUUAGUUUGAAAUUUUAAGUUGUGUGAUUUAAAGUAAACUGAUUGUGGAUGUAAAGGGACUGUAGCAACUGCACACACAAUAAUUGUGUUUAUAUAUGAUCCUAAAAUCAAAGGGUUUAGUUCAAAAGUACCAUCAAAACAAUUUUAUAAAGAGUUUUAUAAACUCAUACGACCCUAUCCUGAAAUAUCAUCUUGAUACAAAUGUGGCUGUCUUUGUAUUAUUUUCAAGUUGUGGAUAUCUCAUUUUGGAUUGAAACUCUUCAUCAAACUGUUCUUUUACUCCCAGUUGUCAUUCAUAUUGUCAUAUAAACUGUUAACAUCCAGACGGUAGCAACAGUUAGAGUCCCUUGCCUCUGUAACACUGAGAUGUGAUCACAUGCACUGCAGGACAGUGUUUCAGACCGGGCCAUUUCUUCAGUCGAUUAGUCAUUUUUUUUAAACUGAAUGACUUAUUUCCAAGAAACCUAUGAGCACAUCUCUGGUAAACACAAGAUUUAAAGUGGUGCUUUUGCAUGGUUCUUUGUGGAGAGACUCUAAUAAUCAACUAAUUGCUUUCUCGACAAAAUCAUAUGUUAUUCGACCAAUUUGAGGACAGCCCUAGUUUCAGAGUCUACUGUAUUCCAAUAUUUGACAUAUACCAUGGCUGCAUCAUUAAGACAAAGUAAUCGUGUGUUGUGUUUGGGCUGUUUUCCUGCUGAGGGUGAGAAUGCACUAUAUAACCUUUGCUGUGCUGCUGUAGGAGCUAGUUGGAUUUGUGUUGCUCUUUAAAAUUAGCUUUUCAAAGUCUAUAUCGAAGAUUGUAUUUGUUCAUGGUGCUGGAUGAUGUUGAAUGAAAUAUUGUUACUGCUAAUUAGUUAUUCAUUCAUUGUCUGGCAGCUUUCGAUGCUCAUAACUAAGUAGCUUUAGCUUCUGCUUUUUCCUUUGUGUGUUUCCGCUCUUGGGAGUUAUGCGUCAAGAACAAAACUGGAGGGUUUUAGUUGGUCAGCAUUUAAAAACAUUUUUAAACAUGUAUCUCAGCUUGUGACUGUACUGUACCACCAUAACAUGUCGCACCAGUAGAUCUAGCCAAAGAUGAGACGGGUAUGAAUUGUACGUCUGAGAGGAAAGGAAAUGUGUAGCUUUUAAAGUUUUCAUUUCAGCUUUAACGCAUGGACCUUUUGCCAGAUUUCUCUCAUGCAAAAAACAUGUUUUUUGUUUUUUGUUGUUUUUGUUACAGAAAUGCUACUAAAAUGUAUCAGUAUAACACUCAACAGCACACCAAAUUUUUUUAUGAAUAUUGCAAAGCAUCAUUAUUAACAAACUGCUUACAGACUGAAGAUAUAAAUAAAUCCCAACAAGUGUAUUUUUGGCAUUGAUUUACAUUGCAAUAAAAUCUUCCUGAGACUUCACAUAGCACCAGUGUAAAGACAAUCCGUCAUUGUUACACUCCAUGAAUGUUUUGGUUAUGUCAUGUACAUACAGCUCACGCACACGUAGUCCUGUCAGUAUUGGUGCACAGUGUUUUCUCCCUCUAUUUUGUAUUGUGAUGAAAUAUAUUCCUUGUUGUGGAAUGUAUUUUAGUCAGAGCAAUAGAAUAAAAUAUGUAACGUGAA